UUGAGUAAGAGGUUGCACCAAUUAAGUCAAAUAAGAAGCAGCUGCUCCACCUGGUGCCAAUAUCCAAGGAUGGUGUCCUAUACUAUAUUCUUCAUUAUGUUGACAUUUACUUCAUCAUCACUCCUCCUCGUGCAAUGUGGAGCCCAUGCAGUUUCUAAACAACUUCAUGCAACACCUCAUUACAUUAUCAACAGCAGUUCUUCGACUUGUCAUGAUGGAUACAUGUCUGUUUUCAUAUCAAAGAAACAAUUUGCUGAUCUUCCUUUCACCAUUUAUGUUCAAGAUGAACACGGUGGAUAUUACCAAGCCCUUGCUGUAGCAAAACAAUGCCUCUAUGUUCUGGGAGAAACUGAAACUUUCAUUAUCUUAACAGCUGCUUCCCACGGAUGUUUUGUGAAAAGACAAAAUGAUUUCACAAAGCUGACUGUUGUCAUCAUGGCUUACAAGGGUAGACUUGAAAUUGCCAAGACAAUACCUGUCAUCUGUGAGAGGAAAAUUAAAGGCGAGAUGAACAAACAUGAGUACCCACUGGUAUCAAGAAAUGUUUUCUGCAACAAAGAUGGGUUUGAAGUUAAGAUUCCUAGGAAUGCCACAGUCCCCCCUCUGGACCUGGACACAGUUUGGAUCCCGUCUAGCCAAAGUGCAAAUUGUAAACCCCAUAAAAGAUCCAAGGAAGCUGUCACCUUCAGAUUUCCAUUCACUGAUUGUGGUGCACAGUCCAUGACAGGUGCUGGGGUUAUAACCUACUCAGUCAACAUGGAGGUAAAACAACAAUGGAAGAAAGGUUCUAUAUUUCAUAACUCUCCAUUCAAUCUUACUGUGCAUUGUAGCUUCAUGCUGUCCCAAACUGCCCAGCUGGACUUCAAUGUUCAGGGAGAAACAUCCAAGGACCUCUCAACACUGAAGAGUGAGGGGACACUGAGGGCUGAGAUGAGGUUUGCCAAAGAUUCCAAUUAUCGGUCUUUUUAUUCGUCUCGUCACCCUCCAGUGACUAAGCUGGGAUUUCCCGUGUAUGUAGAGGUAUUUGUGCUCAAACAUGAAGACAAGGAUUUGGUGCUGGUGCUGAAGGACUGCUGGGCGACUCCGACUGAAAACCCACUCGACACACAAAGAUGGAACCUACUUGUUAAAGGAUGUCCUUUCAGUGGUGACAGCCACAAGACUGUUGUGUUGCCAGUUGUUUCCAGUAAGGAGCGUAAAUAUGCCUCUCUUCAUCAAUGGUUUGUCGUCAAGAUGUUCUCAUUUGUGAAGCCCUUAACGUUUAAAAGCUUGGAUGUUCCCGUACAGGUAUAUUUCCACUGUGACAUAGAGAUAUGUAAAGGACCAGGUUGCUCCCAGUCCUGCAGCAGUGGAAGGCGUAAAUCAAGAUGGAUCACACCAUCGUCUGGACAGAGGAUUCUUUAUAGUGUGGUCUCUGGUGGACCUCUUCUUUAUCUACUGUAAAACACCAAGAACUUGACAGCUAUAUAGGGAAGCAACUUUCCAUAAUUUGCAACAAAAAUAAAUGCAUUACUUACUGUCAUGGCCAUGAA